UGGAGGUGGAUGGAGUUUCCUAGUUCCUACAUCUUGUAUUGUUUGCCACAUUUUAUUAACCAUUUAGGGUGAGUUUAUCCCUUGUAUUUAAUCUUAAUUUUCAAAUUCUAUCAUAUAAGUUUUCGACUAAUUUUUACCUACUUUUUUUUUAAUUAUUCAGAAUCACAAAAAAAUCUUCUUAUUUUUACACAUUAUCACAAAAAAAUCUUCUUCAGAAUCGCAAAUAGGAGUAGCUCAUUUUAUUUAGCUCUGCCUACCCUGCGAAUUGUCCCUGCCUCAACACAGAGUAUUGACUUGUCCUUGUGAUUUGUGAAAACACAUACUCUGACUUGUAAUACUUCUAUCUUCUGCUUCCCCUGCUUUCAAAACAGAGAAAAUAACAAGGCAUUUCAUUUCACUUGAGCCUUUAUUUUUCUGGGUCAAGAAAUCAACAAUGGAGAAUUACAUGAUUUGUGGAUGCUUUGCAAGAAAAUUCGAAAAGGCCGAGCUACAGCCACCGUCAGACAUCAAACAACUUUUCGACAAAUACGCCGAAUGUGGUCCCCACAUGACGGCGGAACACCUCCAGAAGUUCAUCGUCGAAGUGCAAGGUGAUCCUAACGCGACGGUUGCCGAGGCGGAGAGGAUUAUAGAGGAUAUCAAGUCAAGAAGAAAGCAUCCUCACAUGCCUUUGUUUAGUACUACUGCUAGAAAGACUUCUAAUCUCGAUGAGUUUUUCUCUUACCUCUUCUCCAUCGAUCUUAAUCCGCCCAUAAAUCCUAAGGUUCAUCAAGACAUGACAGCCCCGUUAUCCCAUUAUUUCAUAUACACCGGUCACAAUUCAUACCUGACCGGAAAUCAACUCAGUAGCGAUUGCAGCGAUGUUCCGAUCAUCCAAGCAUUGAAGAAAGGUGUUCGAGUUAUAGAGCUUGAUCUUUGGCCAACUGCGAACAAACAAGAUGUUCAUGUUUUGCAUGGAAAGACUCUUACAACUCCAGUAGAGCUAAUGAAAUGCCUUAAAUCCAUCAAAGAAUACGCCUUUUGCGCGUCUCCUUAUCCUGUGAUUUUGACUCUUGAAGAUCACCUCAAUCCAACUCUACAAGCCAAAGUCGCUCAAAUGAUCACAGAAGUUUACGGGGAUAUGAUCUUCUACCCCGAAUCGGAGAUUUUGAACUACUUUCCUUCACCGGAAGAAUUGAAGUAUAAGGUCAUCAUCUCAACAAAGCCACCCAAGGAGUAUCUUGCAGGUGAAAAUGGGAUUAAAAAUGAAGGUAGUGGAUCACAAAAGGAGCAACUUCCUAGAGAAGAACAACUAUCAAUAGAGGAUAAUAAGACUAAUGGUGACAAAGUUGAUGAUGGAAGUGUUGAUAAAGAAGUAUGCAAUGGUGAUGAGGCGUCUUCACCCGAAAGACCGGUGGAGUAUAAGAAAAUGAUAUCGAUUCCGGGUGUGAAAAGGGGUGAAUUGAAGGAGUCACUUAAGAUAGAUCCUAAUAAGGUCAGCCGUCUUAGUUGGAGUGAACAACUUCUUGCUAAGGCAGCCACUUCUCAUGAAAGUGAUAUUAUAAGGUAUACCCAGAAAAAUAUCCUGAGGAUAUUUCCAAAGGUUACGCGGAUCGACUCUUCCAACUACGAGCCUAUUCUUGGUUGGAUGCAUGGAGCUCAAAUGGUUGCUUUUAACAUGCAGGGUCAUGGGAAACCACUUUGGUUGAUGCAUGGGAUGUUUAGAGCCAAUGGAAACUGUGGUUACAUUAAAAAGCCUGAUUAUCUCUUGAAUUCGGGUCCUGAUAACCAGAAUUCUGAUCCAAAAGCAGAUUUAACAAUCAAGACAACAUUAAAGGUGAAAGUGUACAUUGGGGAUGGAUGGCGCGAAGAUUUCAGACAAACUCAUUUUGACACAUUUUCUCCACCAGAUUUCUAUGUUAAGGUGGGGAUAGCAGGAGUACCAGCAGACAAACUGAUGAAGAAAACAAAGGUGAUAGAGGAUCACUGGAGACCUUCUUGGAACGAAGAAUUCAGCUUCCCGUUAACAAUCCCUGAAUUAGCUUUGCUGAGGGUUGAAGUUCAUGAAUAUGACAAAACUGAGAAGGAUGAUUUUGCUGGACAAACUUGCUUACCUGUCCGUGAACUUCUACCAGGAAUUCAUGCAGUCCCUCUUUAUGAUUUUAAAGGAGAAAAAUAUGCUUCGGUUAAGCUUCUUAUGCAGUUUAUAUUCGCCUAAAUUUUCUUAUACUGUCAAAAUCUUGUGCAUGUUACCUCUUCUUUCCUUGAAGUUCUGUUAUAUGUGCAAAAUUUUGGCUUCAUUUUGCGGUUUAAUAUGAGAUUGAUUUACUAUUGUAAAGAACAAUGAGAACACCUUGUUUGUCAACCAAGAUUGGAUUGUUUUCACUUGA